AGGAAAGGAGAAAUCCGGGGAGUCCUCAAAGGGCAAAGGACUUGCUGAUUAGCGAUCAAAAUUCAAGGAGGAGAUGGAGCAGUCAACCCACCAACUAGGGGAUCACAUGGACCCCGGGGAAACAAUGUUGAGAAUGAUGUUGAGAUUAAUGCUAAAUAUAAUGUUGAGUCUCGUAACCAAGAGGUCCCUUAUAAGAGGGACUAUCUAGAGAUGCUAAAACUGGGAGCGGAACCCUUUACGAGGGCUAUAGAUCCGAAAGUGGCUCAGGAUUGGUUAAAGAAGG